UCCAGAAACCAUCUACAAUUCAGCUCUCAUCGCCACAGCGGAUGCAUCUGGCGGUUGUAGCAUGUGGUGACCGGCUGGAAGAAACGCUCAUCAUGUUGAAAUCAGCAGUUCUGUUCAGCAACAAGAAACUCAAGUUUCACAUCUUUGCUGAAGAUUCCCUGAAGCCCGAAUUUGAGAGGAAAUUGCAGGACUGGCCUUCCUCUUAUACAAAGAAGUUUGAGCAUAAUGUCUACCCAAUUGCCUUUUCGGUAGGAAAUGCUCAGGAAUGGAAAAAAUUAUUCAAGCCGUGUGCCGCCCAACGCCUCUUUCUUCCGAUGAUUUUGAAAGAUGUGGAUUCCCUUUUGUAUGUGGACACAGAUGUUCUGUUCCUACGGCCCAUUGAUGACAUCUGGGACUUUCUGAGAACGUUUAAUUCUACACAGCUGGCUGCUAUGGCACCAGAACAUGAAAUACCAAAGAUUGGCUGGUACAGUCGGUUUGCUCGUCAUCCUUAUUAUGGAACGACCGGGGUCAACUCUGGUGUCAUGCUGAUGAAUUUAACCCGCAUAAGAAAUGCCCAGUUCAAGAACAGCAUGAUACCAACAGGCUUGACGUGGGAAGAAAUGUUGUACCCUUUAUACCAGAAGUACAAAAACUACAUUACAUGGGGAGACCAGGACUUGCUCAAUAUUAUUUUUUCCUUUAAUCCAGAGUGUCUGUAUCUGUUCCCUUGCCAGUGGAACUAUCGGCCAGAUCACUGCAUGUAUGGGAGUAACUGUAAAGGAGCAGAGGAGGAAGGCGUAUCCAUUCUCCAUGGGAAUCGGGGCGUCUACCAUGACGAUAAGCAGCCUACUUUCAAAGCACUAUAUGAAGUGAUACGUGAUUUUUCCUUUGAAGACAAUCUCAUUCAAUCAAUGUACUACCCUCUCCAGUCGAAGUUCCUUGAUACUGUACACACUUUAUGUGGUCGAAUUCCUCAAAUUUUUCUGAAACAGAUCGAGAGAACCAUGAAGAAAGUCUAUGAAAACCGAGUGGUUGUCCAGGUUGGGGCCAAUUUCAGAUUGUAAUUAUUGCGAUUCAUUUUUAAUGUGGUCUUCACCUUUUCAUCCAGACCUCUUGAAGAAGAUUAA